CUGGCCAACUAUCAUCGUCACGCUCAAUCUUUUGCCAACCGUCCCAUCAGCCCUUCCACUAUCCUUCACCUUCCUGAUUUUGUUCCUUUAGGGCUGGAUGUGCUGCCUUACAUCCAGAAUCUAGGUUGGGAGUUUCUGCUGUCCCUGAAGCGUCAUCCACUCUCAUUUGUCCUGAGGCAGUAAGAUGUUUCUUUUCCAAGCUUCGAUAUUUUGGCCUUCAAUCUCGCACUCUGUCAUCCCUUGUUCAUGUUCACAUGAUUAUUCUUACUUUCAUGAUCUUCGACGUUUUCUUCAUAUACCUGCUUUCGGGGAAGCCCUUGCUCAUCCUGCUGAGCUGCCCCUGUUCAACUUUGAUGUUGCUACAGAGGCUGUCCACCUUACUGGCCACGAACCAUAUCAUGAUCUUACUUUCUCCUCAGCCCUCCUACUACCCUUGUUACAAACCUUCCAUUAUCUACUCAGUAGGGUGUUCCUCCCUCGUUCUAUCUUCCUUGAUCGAGUAAUUCCUCUUGAUCUCUGGAUCCUUGCCCAUGUUGUUGCUGCUGUUCCUUUAGAUUUUUCCCAUCUUCUAUUCGGUGCUCUUCUCCCUUUCAUUGAUCACAACUUUCAUGAUCCUCUACCUUUUGGAGCCAUGAUUACUCGUCUUCUGCUUGCCCUGCCACUAGAUUUGUCCGCCUAUCAUACUGAAUCUCCUACUCAGUGGCUCAAUGCGGAUGAGGUCCUAAAUGAAAUCGGGAAUGCAAUUGAGGGGGAGGAUGAUGGCCCCUUUAUACACUGGAUCAGCAGUGACUCCGAGCUAGAAGAUGAAGCUGAAGCUGGGGAAGAAUCAGUAGAACCAGAAGCACCAGAAGCUCCUAUUGCGUUUGAUAGACCGUUAAUUGCACAUGUUUUUACCCCUAUUCUUGAGUCGUUUGAGAUGUUGAUUCUCGUGAUUUAGGCUCAUUUCCCGCUAGGUUGUGCUUGUUUGUGAUAUUUCAUGUCCUAGUACGUGAAUGAAUGUUUAGGAACGAGUUCAGGGUCAAUUGGAAGGAGAUCAGACGUUUGGCGAGAAGCUGAGGAAGUCACACGGGCAUGCCUAAAACCCACACGACCGUGUGGUUGUGGCCGUGUAGGAUGGCUGAUGUCCACUUAUCAAAACGCCGCGUUCUGUGCAACUCACACGGGCAGCUGGAAAAGCCACACGGCCGUGAGGCCUGCCCGUGUGGUCGGGAAUUUCUAGGUUUUAACCCAAUUUCGAGCCAAAGGAGAGGGAAUCGACUUUUUGGAGCAAAAACAGAGCCCUAGAGAGAGAACCUACCGAAGAACACCCCCCUAAGAGUGGUUUUGGAGCUGGGUUUCAUCAAUCAAGCUUGGAAAUCAUCCUUGGAGUGAAGAUCAUCAUCCCAUAGCAUAUUCUUCCCAUUGUUAUGAGUAUGACUGCUUUGUAUUCUGUUUCCCUCCCUCUCUCUAUGGAGUAGAACCCUCUCUCACUUGGGUAUGAAGAACCCUAGUUCUAUGUGUUAGGGAUCAUUAUUGUAACGACAUUUGGAUUGUGAUAUUGCUUGAUUAUAAUCGAUUGAAGUGUGUUGAUUGAGUCAAUUGAAGUCUGAUCAUCUUUUAUUGAUUUCUGCUGCAACCUGAGAUAGAUAGAAUCUGAUUAGGUUGUUAGAGCUUCUUUAAUCAGUAGUAGUGAAUCGAUUAUACGAGAGUCAGUCGAUUCACUACUUUGUACUGGAAUCUAAUUCCAGUAGUGGAGUUCUGUGUUCAUUGCCUUAGCAUUCUAUCCCGGUGAAGACUAGUCGUCUGUCGGGUAGUUUGACUGAGAGGGCUUGGUCAGCUUAAGCGAUUCCAAGCUAUUGUCAGAUCUUCCGCAGUAUAAUCAGCAGUAAAGCAACCAAAAGUAAUUACAACUGUGACCUAACUAAGGAGCUAGGGGGACUCAUUCCCGAGUGACUCUUCCUUUGCUUUAGAAAACCGAACCAUUUCAUGCUUUCUUACUGCUUUUAGUUAAAACCAAAAUCAAUCAACUUAGUUGGCUAGAUAAUAGAUAUUCACGGAGUAGGCAGUAGAUCUAGACCUGGGGUUGAUAAUUAGAACUUGCCACUUUACUGCAUUUCCGGACUGCGAUUACACUUGGUCGCAGUUUGGUGUUGUAUUUUAGCAUGUCAGCGUCAUUUGCAGCUGCUCUCCAAGACUUAUAUGGCUCAAGCUCUUAGUCUGAUUCUGAAUCCCCUACCGCAGCAGCUGCACUGGAUGAUCCUGUGUCUUUUGAUUAUAGUUCAGAUCCCUAGUCUAGUCUUAGUGUCUGUUUUAAGUGAAGAGCAUUAUGGUUGUUUUUGUUUUCUCGAACUCAGGGAGAGUCCUGCGAGUCUUUUCUGACAUUUUGUUUUCGCUCAGAGGGAGGGUUUGUUGUGUUUGCUGAACUUGGUUAAUGUGUUGUUGUACUUGGUUGAGACUGGUGUUUGCUUUUCUCUAUUUACUGUGUUAUGAAUUGUGCUGCUUGAUCCUGUGUGGAAAGGUUGUUUGAUAAAUGCAAGAUAUAAGCAAUCUGCAAUCUCCGACUUAGGGGGAGAUUGUUGGAGUAUUCAUGGAAGGUCAAGUAUGAGCUUUCAGAUUAUGACCGUUGCGCAAUCACAUGAGUCUCAAAAAGGAAACUUCACAAAGGUUUCCUUAGCAGCUUCCAACGGCUAGCUCUCUUAGGGAAAUAUAUAUGGUUAAUCUUGUGCUUGUACAAGGCACUUUUUGUAAGAGCUAGAGUGGUAAAGGACUUGGCACAGGAGUUACAAAAAGGGUUGACGAAUAGUUGAGGUAAAGGUUCAACUUUCAUCAAGGCAGAUACAGAUCAGGGGUUGAUCUGGGUUCUUUGUUUUUAUUUUUCGUCUUUACUCUGUUUUUCUUAUUGUUCAUUCUUUGUUUUUCUGUCAAAAUUAAAAAUCAAACAAAGGGUCUCCCAGACCAUAUUAUGGGACGUGGAAGUACACCAUUGCACUUGGGAGAACCUUGUUAAAAACGUCUUGUGUCCUGUGUUCUUCUGCAAUUUCCCAUUCAAUUUUAUCUUCCCUCUGUUAUGGAGAAACUCUGCUUCUCCUCUGUUCUUGAUUCUGCUGUGUUUCAAGUUCGUGCCGCAGCUUAGUAAUCAGAGGGAUUUGGGCUUUCGGAGCUUGUGAUCUGCUGUCUAUCUUAUUAGGCCCCUACUUCAAUUCAGCCCACUUCUUUUGGUAGAUCUGCCGAGAACUGGUCAAAAAGAAAUCAUUUCCUUCUUCUUCGUCCAGUCUCGCGCUUCGAUCUAUCCUCUGUUCUUCCUUGAUCUAAUCCCCAAAUUGUCUCUGAGGGUUUCAAGGGUCUCCUUGUCGUAAGCCCCGGGUUGGCUUGAAGUACCCUAACGGAGUAACAUUCAUCAGCACAGAAAAAAACGAAGAUUGGAGGCAUUCAUGUAUCCAACCCUGCCAGACUGAGUUAAAACCCAUCUUGUCAGAAGAAACGGCCAUUCGACUCUAUCAUAGGCCUUUUCCAUGUCAACCUUAAGAGCCAUGUACCCCUUCUUACCUUGCUUUUUGAUUUUCAAAUAAUGCAUUAACUCGUGCCCAAGGAGGAUAUUCUCAACAAUUUGGCAAUCCCGAAUGAACGCAUUUUGGCCUGCCGAGACGAUAUGAGGUAAGAGGCACGAUAAACGUUCAGCCAAGAUCUUGGUUAUAAUUUUAUACAAAAAUUGGCAUAAACUGAUUGGGCGCAACUGCGUCAUAGACUCCACAUUCGCUACUUUGGUGAUCAGCGUGAGCCAGGUGUGAUUGAAGCUACGGAGCAUCCUGCUAGUCGUAAAAAACGAACAGACUACGUCAACCACCGAAUCACCCACAAUUCCCCAAAAGGCCUUGAAGAAUUUGCCCGUGAAACCAUCUGAGUCCGGGGCUUGUUUAGAUCCCAUAGCGAAUACAAUUUACGAACCUCAUCCGGGAGGACAGCAGCUGUCAGGCCAACAUUCAUUUCUGGGGUAACACUACGAGCGAUAGGCAGAGCAUCCACCCGCUCCCCCAUAUUCAGAACCUGAUUCUCAGAAGUGAAAAGAUGGCCAUAGAAAUUAGUAGCAAUAUCUGCUUUCCCUUUUUCAUUAGUUAUCCACUAACCACUCUCAUCUCUUAGGCCUGCCACAAAGUGCCGUUUACGAUGAGUCCUAGUCACCAUAUGGAAGUACGAUGUGUUUUUAUCCCCCUUCUUCAACCAGUGAACUCUGGAUUUCUGUUGCCAGUAGACUUCUUCCGCCUCCCAUUGUCUAGUUAAUUCAAUUUCUAGGCAACGGAUCACAUCCCAAUCAAUAGGGUGAAUUAGCUUGAGCCGCUCAAUUUCGCUCUGGAGAGUUUUGAUAUUGCGCAGGGAAUUAGUGGUGCCUGCUAUGCUCCAGUCGUAUAAUAAAUGACGCAGAUUCUU